AUGCCCCCUCCACCUUUGGUGUUUCAUUCAUCUACAACAACCAACCAACCCGAUCGAUAUCUUUCUAAUCCACGUUAUUUCCCUUCAGAAGUUCCAGGAGUCAGUGGAACAUUUCGACAAGCUCAAUCCCAACCGAUCCCAAUCGAAUCAGAUGAUCAAUCGAAUUCGUAUUCAUUAGAAUCUGGAUCUCAUGAUUCUAUAAUGUCCGACGUUUCAAAUUCGCUCAGACCCUCCUUGACACCACCACCACCCUUAACAACAGCCACUUCCUCUUUACCUACCCCUUAUACUAUCAGGACUCCGUGCACAUCGACAAACACACCAUCGACAAGACCCAUCAUCACCAGUCCAACACCAAGACCUGAUGAGAGUAUGGAGAUUGAUGAUAUAGCUUUGGCCAGAGUGAAACCAUUUCCUCAUAUUGCUGAUCCGUUGGGUCAACAUAGUCAAGAUGGAGGGUCAACAAGCACUUCUACUAGUAUAGUCAACACUCCUUCUGCAUCACAAUCUACCGAUGAAGAUAUGGACAUAGAAGAAGAUGAACGGGUGGAGGAAUUAGCUGGACGCGAAAUCGAGGAAGAAGGAACAGUACAACCAAAUGAUAUUUCCUUGCGAGACCCCCUCUCUGAGUCAUUCCAUCAGAUUGGAAAUUCUUCAUCAAAUCAUCCAGAUCCACUCUCCCCCUCAUAUGUAUAUCCGCAACCGCACCUCUGUACAGGGGAGACGGCUUAUGGGUCAAGAUGGUCACGACCUGUACCAUCAAGGGAAGCAGGUAUUCAGCAGAGCGGAUCUUCCUCUCAUAUUGGGAUAGACCCAUCACGUUUGAUUGGCUCGUCAACCGGAGGCAAUCACCAGUCUGGCACUCAAUCGUUCGUCAACGGCCUUGGUACUUCUUCGGCAGGGGAUAAUGGGAAUAGCGAAAAUAGCGAGAAUAUUCCGCUUCCAUACGAAUUGGCAGAAUCUCAAUUGUCAAAUAGACAGUCUCCUGUUAAUAUACGUCCAUUUCAAGGCUCAUUCAUGCCAUUGCCCGGAGAUUGGGGAGAAGCAUACUCGUCUCAUGCAGUCAUCCCGCAUCCGCAAAAUACUCGAUCGAGCUUUUCAAAUCAUGAAAACGGUGGGCCUUCUAGAAUCGCACCGGUACAACCCCGAGCUUUACCAUCUUCUUCCUCCAUCUCAUCAGAUUUCCGUACUCUACCACUUCCAAUCGCCAACACCGGUACUGGUUCUCCCGCUGCAGUGGAAAGAAGACUUGAUAACAUCGAAGCUCGACUAGAACGUGCCAGAGGGCGUGCUCAGCGUAGCCCGCCUACUCCACCUUCCCUUAUGGCUUCACUACACUCGUAUGAAGGUAUCAGGAAUCGGUCCAGUGCAUCAAGGCCAUAUGAUCUGUCAGCAAGAUCCCGUCCGCCUACUCAGAUCAUUGAAGAUGGACCCAGGAGGUUUUCUUUCGGAAGAACUUCAUCGGUCAGACCGUCGUGGAUGGAGCCAUCUCUCUCUCCCACUACGACCGCGACUGUCCCGCCUCCUCGACCUAGACCUGCAACUUAUUUCGGGUGGGAAUCAGAUGACACUUCAUCGUCAGUACAAGGACGUCCACUCUCCGAUCGAGAUACACUUGCUCAAAGGUGGUCGGGAAGUACCUCGGAAGUGCAAGAUCGUGGUAUAUCCGCUCACGAAGCCGCUCUCAGGAAUCGCUCUGAUUCAGCUGCUGCGAGAUAUUUACAAACCCGUUUGAACAUGAUCGACAAUCUACGUAGCGGACCUUUGAGACCGACCUCCCCUCUUCCUUCCUCGUCUAGUCGAUCCGCUAGAGCAAUCAUGCCACUUGAUAAUCGGCAAGAGUUUGCGCUGGAAACGGAACUACACCAAGAACGUCAAAGAGAGUCGGAAAGGAUGAGAUUGCGGAGUACGAAUUUAUUGGGAGCGCCUCCUAGAUCCAGCAGAGGAGAGUUCCAGCAUUUUACACCUUUGAUGGAUGACCCUCACCCUACCAACGAAAUACUUGAUGAAAUCCCUCGUCCUCUCCAUGUACGACCUGGAAAUCGUCGAUGGAUGUCUUUCGAUGAAGGAGAAAGAGAGAGGGAGAACAGUCGAGAUAGAGAUCGCAGUCGCGCUGAAGAGGAAAGUUCUCUAAGUGCUUUGGACCGCGAUGUGAAUGAGGCAAUCGGUCGGCGAUUAAGUCAACCGAGACCUAGAUCUGGAUCAAUCUCUCGUCGACUCAGAGAUCAUCUGGGACCAGAUUGGGAAGGCACUCGAUUACCCGAUAUCAGCAGCAGCUCUGCCUCCUCCAGAUCGUCAAGAACAGAAGGAUUAUGGGGUGAAGUGGAGGCUUCUGUUCGAGAAAGACACCAACGCGAACGACUACGGGAAAUCCAAAUCCAAAUAAACCCAAAUCGAAAUGAACGAAGAGAUCAACUUGAUGCCUUUUUAGCAUUACGUGAACACGAAGAAAGAUCAAGAUCAGAUCGAUCUUCUCCCGUUGAUGAACUAGCAGCUUUCGUUGAACAUAAUAGAAGAAUCAGACCUUGGGAUAAUGAAGAUGCCGCAGCUUUGAUCUUUGAGAGACUGCGAUCGAAUCAAAAUUACGAUUUAGACGGAUCAGUCGAUAUCUCAGAUUCGUCCCCAUUUUCAUUCGCCUAUAUGAACUCAUUAAGAAGACUACAUCAUAACUCUACCCCAUCUUUACAUGCAAUCAAAUUGACAGAUGAAAUGAACCAAGAUGAAAAGUUGAAAGUGGUUAAAAUGAUUAUCAAAAGUAUAACAAGGUUACCUUCUAUUCCAAGAAAGAAAGCUGCCGAAACCACGUUGGAGACCCUACAUUAUAGCGAAUUCGACCAAAAGAAAACGGAUGAUAUUGAGAAAGAUGAAUAUUGCCCGGUCUGUCAUGACGAGUACGAAGACUCAAGCGAGAUAGUCAUAACUCCCUGUAAACAUAUGUAUCAUCAAGGAUGUUUGAACACAUGGUUGAACACUCCCAACACAUCUUCAUGUCCUAUGUGCAGAAGAGACUUAGCUGCUUUGGCAUGUCUAAUCAAGAUCGUCCCUACAAAGAAGAUAGAUGAAGCUUUACCUUUAUGGAUGGCUGCUGCGUUGUAA